AUGCCAAGCCACUAUCCAAUUCCGGAUAAUUAUGUUGUAGAAACAACCUAUGGAAAGAAUGAAAGAACUGUUACAUGUUUUAUUAAUUAUUAUAAUAACAAACCUCAAUAUAAAAUAAAGUUUGGUUCACGUGAAAAUGAAUAUAUAUGUUCAAAUCUUUCACCAACAGCUGCAGCAAAUACUUACUUAGAGGCAUAUUAUAAGAAAAUUGCCGAUGAAGAGAAAGCUAAAAAUCCAAAUUUGCAGCAACGAUUACCAAAUAGUAAGAUGAAUAGUAUCUAUUUAUUUGUAUUACAUUUAAAGCAAAUUAAAUUAGUGUGGGAAAAUCGUACCAAAAGACAAAAAAAAGCUAUUAAACCAUUUUCUGAAAUCACAAGACAAAUACAAUUUGAACGAAAUAGAAACUUUGAUGAUGAAAUUAAUCAACAAAUUGCUAUAGUUCAAGCUAUGGAUUUUAAUAGAAUCUCACAAUCAACUUAUAGAGCUUUAGCAGCUAUAUGCCAGGAAUUACCAUGUGAAAAAGUAAUUUCUGAAAGAUUAAAGCAAAUAAAUCAAAUUAUAAAUACAAAUAUUCCGAUUCAUUUAGUUGAAUUACAACAAUUUAAAGAUAAAUUAGAUACUAGCCCUA